AUGGCAGUAAACAAAACGUUCUGGAUCGGCCUGGUGAAAGAUCAAAGUUCUAAAAAUUUCCGCUGGUCGAAAGGCGAGGAGCUAACUUAUCUGAACUGGAUUCUUCACCCGGACAUUUCGGGUCAUGAGGACUGCGGUGAGAUAACAGACUAUGGUUCAUUUCACGGCAAGUGGAACGACGCUAGCUGUUUCAAAAAACAGCCAUACAUCUGUGAAAAAGGUUAAGUAAAUCAUUCACCUCAGGCACUUAGUAGUAUGGAUUUACACUGCCUUUUUCUGAUAGAGAUACAAUUAUGGUAACUUUUCUGAUGGCAAGUUUUUUAUUGUAGUCAUCAGUAGUCCCCAGAGAAAUAUUCGAUUGAGUGUUGAAUUUAACCAUGCACUGCAUCAGUUUUGACUCCCUGUAUUCUGCGGUUGGUCUAGAAAGCUUAUACAAACAUAGUAACUGAUCAUGUGAAAAACAGAAAGUAAUCAUUCUUUGGCACUCGUAUUUUCCCGUGCGUCACGCAGUUCACCCUCUCCCUUACUCGGAAUAAUUCCCUUUAAUCUGAUUGGUGUUUCUAAUUAACUUAGCUUUGGUAUUGAGACACUCAAUCGAAACAGACACGCGAGGACGAGAGAUGAAAAAUAAGAAGUAAACAUUUUCUUCUGUCAUUGCCCUUGGGAGCUUAUCCACAGUGGGAAACAUUGGUGCUAAACAGUGCGGAUCAUCAAUCCGGAUUAGCUAAAUUGAACCAAAUGUGAUCAAGUUUACAGGGGCACUUUACCCGCGGAAACACAUCAGAGAGUCUGUCGAGAUUCGGGGUUCUAUAAAUGAAUGACAAGUUCUGUACCUUUGUCUGGCAUUUCACUCUCAUUAAAUUUUUUGAGGGCAUUUACCUUGAUGAAAAGGAAAUUUUUGGAGGAGGACGUGUCGUUUGAGACUUAAAGCCAGGUACAGGAAAAAGUUGUCCAAAGCACAACUAGCAAUAAUCCAUGAAUAAAUUCUAAAGAAACUGUGGUGCUGCGUCAGCGGUAGGGUAUAACAUUGUAAUUUGGUGUUAAAGCUGACGUUUCGAGCGUCAGCCCUUUGUCAGAGCGCUAUGGUAACUUUUAUUUCUUGUAUGUAGGUAAACAUGAUAUUUAUUGAUCAAGUCUCGAACUUGGUCCUUGUAAAUUAAAAUGUGUAAAUAAAAACAGGAAGAAGCAACUGGAAUAACACAGAAGUAUGUCCAAACUAACAAAGAAUCUGAUAACUCUUUAACGCCCAAGAUCUGAUUGUUAAUUCUUGUUACCUUUUUGCUGAAUAGUUCAUGGGUAUGGUAGGGAGAAGUUACUUGUUGAUCACUUUUGGGAGUUUAAGGGUUAAUAGGAAAAGAACGUUCAUCCCAAAUGCUGAUUAGUAACGAACAACAUUUUGUAUCGAAACAGAUGCAGCAGACGGAAGAUAUUUCAAGAGAUCACCGAACACCUAG